UAAUCUUGGUAUUUUCCUUCAGAGAGGGAGAGCACGCCAACAGGAGGUGCUGUGCUGUCUAGGUCAGCUAUAGAGCACGGAUUCAGCGCAUCAUACAGAUAUAUGGCGCCUUAAUAUUCAUUUAUUUCUUUAUUUUUUCUCUGAAAGAGGUGUUUCCCUGCCUGUAUUAGGGCGCGAGAGAUGAAAGCACAGCUCAGCGAUUAUACCCGGCUCAGCUAAACCCUAAUGAUGCUGAUCAGGAUGUUCAAGCUACGAAUGCUCAAUGCCAUUGCACCAGUCUACUUCUACAUUGCCACAGCAGCCACCAUCGUCCUCCAUUUCUUCCUUUUCAUCCCUACUAUUUUCCAAACCUCAGGUGUGGUGCUUUGUCCCAUCAUGCUGCUCCCCACAGCCAUAUUCCUCUUCUUUAUGCUCAAUGCUCUUGGCAAUUACUCAAUGACUAUAUGGUUCCCAGCAGAGAGUGCCAAUGAGAACAUCAUCCCAGUCUGUUCGCCGGACUGUCCGGACAGAGUUGAUGCACACUACCUCCUGAACGGCCGGCACUUCUGCAAACUGUGUAAGAAAGUGAUCAUGAAAAGGGACCACCAUUGCUUUUUCACAGGGAACUGUAUUGGAAACAGGAACAUGCGCUACUUCAUUAUGUUCAGCAUCUACACGUCCUGUACCUGCCUCUACUCUCUUGUGCUUGGGGUGGCAUAUCUCAGUGUAGAAUAUUCCAUCUCCUUUGAAAAUCCACUGACGUUCCUCACACUUCUGCCCCUCUCCACAGGAUACUUCUUUCUCGGUUCCAUCUCAGGCCUUCAGUUCUUCUUGGUCCUCAUGCUAUAUGUAUGGCUGGGCAUUGGCCUGGUGAGUGCCGGGUUCUGCUGCCAGCAGGUUUUGCUGGUGGCCCGUGGACAGACCUGGUGCCAGCUGCAGAAAGGCCAGCUAGUGGAGAGCCGAGGAACAUGGCGUUCCAAUUUGAGUGAUGUUUUUGGUUCCCGCUGGGUUCUGGGUUUCUUCUUUCCUGUACAAACUGUGGAGAUGACACCUGGAAACUGGCAGAGAUACCAUGAGCACAAACAUGACUGAACUUUGUGAUGAAGGUUUUUACAGCAUCAGCCCUUCUAGGAGAUCUUCUGGGUCAUGACUUUAUAUCACCUUUGUACAGGUUAGGUUUUUUUUUUCACAAUUGUCACGUAGCCUAGGGCUGAAUGGAACUUACAUCAGAUGCCUGGAAUAAGGACACCUUUUUGGACCAGCCCUCCAUAUGUGUUUUUCUUUUUUUUAUGGGGAAAGGGUGGAACAAGAAGCACAAGUAUUAAUGAAACCUACUCAAGGAUGUAUUACAGCACAGUGCUUACACAACUGACCUGCUCCAUAAUGAGCAGCCAAUAUAUCACACAUUCAGUGCCUAGCGGCGUCUGUUAGGAGCUAAUUUAUGGUCAAAGACCUAAUUUUGCUAAAGAUGCUAGUCUAGAUCAGUGCCAUCAUUCAGUGCCAGACAGGUAAGCAGUGCAGUUAAUAACUUUAAAAUACGCUUGACAUUCAACACAGCCAAACACCUUUUAACAUUUUAAUGUGACAUACUGUAACUAUUCUUGUCACCUGUCACAGAUUUGAAGCAGCAUUUACACAUAAGAGGGAAACUGGCAUAAAAAGGUCCUUUUAACAAAAGACUUUUGAAAAAAUACUUUCUCUAGACAUUCAGAACUCCCUUUCAUUAACAAUGCUUAAUUUUAAUGUUUAAAAAAUAACUAAUAUUUUUUUUUCUUCAGUUUUUUGUCAGUUAAGAAUUGUGUUUCCUAAUGUUUCUUUAUAUUUCUAAUUUGGCACUCACACAGUUUCCACGGAUGAAAAGAGAACACAAAAACCACAAAGUUAUCGCACUGGUUAAGAUUAGUGGUGUCAAAAAAACAGAUUAAUCAUAAUAUUUCACUUUUUCAUACAUACUAUCUCAAAAAAUAUGACCACAUUUUACAAUAAAGCCAGGGGCUAACAGUAGGGCAAGCUGCAGUCCUGUGUUUACAUGGCGUGUGUAAUUUCUCACACUGUUUUAUUUUAAAAACUUAAAUUUAAAAUAGAAAGUUCAGUUUGCUCACAGGGUCACAUACUAUGCUACCACUGUGCACACUUUUAAAUUAAUCAUUUAAUCAUUAUUUCUAUUUUCUGUCUGACGUGUAGUGUGAAGUAAAGGAUUUUUUUUAUGACAGAGAUUAUUAACAUGUGGAUUUUGAUUGGCUGUUUCAAAACAGCAGUUUUUAGUUUAUUUAGCAGGUUACUGCUAACUUUUGUACCAUUCAAGUUGACUAGACCCUAAAAACAUAAAUGGCAAAAAUAAACAGAAAAAAAUGGCGGUGUCCUAAAACUUUUGACUGAUAGUAUAUGUCCCAGGCAGACCAAUUAGCACUAAUGGGCACUCUAAAGCUAACAUUCUUAAAUGUUGUGUAACACUGCAGUGACCCAAGGCCAAUGUUCAUGUCUACGUUUUAAUUACACUAAGUGCACUCUUAUCAUAUUCUCUGUAAACCUUGCAGGUCGUUUUGUAAGCUGGCCUCCAGUAGCCACCACUCCAGCUCCCCUCCCAGAUAAUUAUUUCUCCUUCAUGCAUCCUAGCUCCUCGUUUACGUUCUAACAGGAUCACAUUUUUUAUGACAGUGUUAAUUCUGGUCAUUAAAUUAUAGAAUCACAGACGCUUGUUUUUACGUGAGAAAUGCAUCCGACAAUUCAGAAAGCAAGACUUACUGUACUGAGUUUAUUUAUUGCUUAUUUAUUACUGAUGAAAUAUUUACACAUAUUUACUCUAUUUACCCCCUCUGUCUACUUCCAUCCCUCUGUCUCCUGCUUCUCACCCUCUAUCUGCUACUUCCCCCCCUCUGUCUGCUGCCUUACCCCCUCUAUCCCCAUCUAUCUGCUGCCUCUCCUCCUCUGUCUGCUGCCUCUCUCCUCUAUCCCUGUCUGUCUGCUGCCUCGCCACCUAUGUCUGCUGCUUACCCUCCUCUGUCUGUUGCCUCACCUCCUCUAUACCCAUCUGUCUGCUGCCUCACCUCCUCUAUCCCCUUCUGUCUGCUGCCUCACCUCCUCUAUCCCCAUCUAUCUGCUGCUUCUCCUCUGUCUGCUGCCUCUCAAUGUUGUUGUGGUGCUGCCUCUCAAUGUUGUGUGUGCAUUAGGUGGAUCUGUAGAGGGGAUUAAGAAUAGCAGUAUAGAAAAAUGUAAAUGUUUACUUCAUAUCAAGUCCAAGGAGCAGUAAUAUAGUAUUGAAGAUAACCAGUGUGUACUUUUGAAGAAAACAAAAAAAAAUGCUCAAACAGGGGCUUAAAGCUGGUCUGAACAGCAUGAUGUGUUUGUUUCACACACUUCCGAAAGGGCACAAAAAAUAUGGACAAUUUACUAGAUUUAAUAUAUUUAAUAUAAAAUAAUCGUUCCAUGCAUCCAUCCAUUGUCAAUGCUUGCUUUAUCCAGCAG